AUGGAACACCAGGACAGCUUCACCCGGGCCCUGUCUGCUACACCUCAGCCCGCAGGAGAUGGACCAAACCCGGCUGUGGACGCGCUGUUCCCCUGGAGACCGGCUCUGAAGACCUCCCCAGCCAGACAGAGAUUUGUCAAACUCCCAAACGAGGUUUUCGCAGCUGAGCCAAAGGGAUGUUACUAUCGUCCGGGGAGCACCUUUCGUCUGGACACCGGCUGUGAUUCUCCUCGGAUGUCCACCAAAACUCCACUGCCAACUGUGAACGAGAAGGGGAGCGAAAGUCACUCGUCCCGGUCCAGGACAGGUCUCAGGUCUCGCUCUGAUGAUCCUCAGCCUCAUGUGGGAAACUACAGACUCCUCAAAACCAUCGGGAAAGGAAACUUUGCCAAAGUCAAACUGGCACGACACAUCCUGACGGGGAGAGAGGUGGCAAUAAAGAUCAUCGACAAGACCCAGCUCAACCCCAACAGUCUCCAGAAGCUCUUCAGAGAAGUUAGAAUCAUGAAGAUCCUGAAUCAUCCGAACAUCGUCAAACUGUUUGAAGUGAUCGAGACGGAGCGAACGCUGUACCUCAUCAUGGAGUACGCCAGCGGAGGAGAAGUAUUUGAUUAUCUCGUGGCUCACGGCAGAAUGAAGGAGAAGGAGGCGCGUGCAAAGUUCAGACAGAUCGUGUCUGCAGUGCAGUACUGUCACCAGAAGCACAUAGUCCACAGAGACCUCAAGGCGGAGAACCUCCUCCUGGACGCAGACAUGAACAUAAAGAUCGCAGACUUCGGCUUCAGUAAUGAGUUCACGGUGGGGAACAAGCUGGACACGUUCUGUGGCUCUCCUCCGUACGCUGCUCCUGAGCUGUUCCAGGGAAAGAAGUACGACGGCCCCGAGGUCGACGUGUGGAGCCUGGGCGUCAUCCUCUACACCCUGGUCAGCGGCUCUCUGCCCUUCGACGGGCAGAACCUCAAGGAGCUGAGAGAGCGUGUGCUCAGGGGGAAGUACAGGAUUCCCUUCUACAUGUCCACAGACUGUGAGAAUCUGCUCAAACGCUUUCUGGUGCUGAACCCAGGGAAACGAGGCACUCUGGAGCAAAUCAUGAAGGAUCGAUGGAUCAACUCUGGGUUUGAUGAAGAGGAGCUGAAACCAUACACAGAACCAGAGACGGACAUCACAGACCAGAAGAGGAUAGAUGUGAUGGUGGGGAUGGGCUACAACUUGGAGGAGAUCCAAGAGUCUUUGGCAAAAAUGAAGUAUGACGAGAUCACAGCCACCUACUUACUGCUGGGAAGGAAGGCCUCCGAGAACGACUCCACAGACUCUGUGAGCGUGUCCAGACAACGGCCGAGUAGCGAGCUGAACGGGUCGUCACCGUCGCACCUCAAAGUCCAGCGGAGCGCCUCGUCCAAUCACAAGCAGCGGCGCUACAGUGAGCAAGUGGGUCAGAACCAGCCGGUCUCUCAGCCCAAGCGCUCCCAGACGUCUGCAGAGAACGGCUCCAAAGACGAGGCCUCAGUCCAGCUGCGAAAACCAAACGCACCCAGAGCAAGCCCCCUACUGGGCCAGGCCGGAAACCCCAACCAGACCGACAUCCCCGCGGCACACAUACCGGACCGGAGGAAAGGAGGCACCGAGACCAAGAAUAACUCCUCUUCUGGAAUGACCAGGCGAAACACGUACGUCUGCAGCGACCGGAACAACACCGAGAGGCUCUCGGUGAUCCCCAAUGGCAAAGAAAACAGUGUGCUCUCUCCUGGAGGUCAGAGGGCCCCUGGUGUGUCCACUCACUCGGUCAGCUCCACGACCCCUGAGCGUCUCCGGUUCCCACGGGGCACAGCGAGCAGGAGCACGUUCCACGGGGGACAGCUGAGGGACCGACGCACAGCUACAUACAACGGCCCCCCCGCCUCCCCCACCCUCUCCCACGACGCCUCCCCCCUCGGACAGACCAGGAGCAGAGGAACCAGCAACCUGUUCUCCAAACUCACCUCCAAACUCACUCGCAGGUACAAGGACAAUAAACGUCUUUAA